AUGUUCCAGGACGACUCGGAACCUUGGAGUAUCCAACAACUUUUUUCUCUCCUCGAUCACAACAAUGACGGCCAUAUCGAUGCACACGAUCUCGCUGCUCUUUGUUCCUCAACUGCACGUGGCCCCAUGAAUGAGGAUACUCUUAACAAGCUCAGGAACCAAGUGACAGUCAUUACCCAAUCCCAGGGUCGUAUGUCUUAUUCCGAGUUUGCCCAACUACUCAAUAGCCAUGCCAUUCCUGCAACCGAUAUUACAACCGAUCAUGUGGAUCGUAUUGUUCAUAUUGUAUCGAAUACCAUCAGUCAAUCAACCGAUGCCAACAAUUGGAGGGAGAUCUUGUUUUCGGAUACGAGCAUUCAUUUGAUUGCUGGAGGUAUGGCAGGCGCUGUGUCCCGUACAGUGGUCAGUCCGGCAGAAAGAAUGAAGAUUUUAUUUCAGGUGCAAGGUCCUGAGCCUGCAGCUUACCGGGGUGUGUUCCCCACACUUGCCAAAAUGUGGAGAGAGGAAGGCCUCAUGGGUUUCAUGCGUGGCAACGGCACCAACGUCAUCCGUAUCAUUCCUUACAGUGCAAGUCAAUUUGCUGCCUAUGAAUAUUGCAAACGCUUGCUUAUGGAGCCUGGCAAAACUGAACUUGAUACCCCGCGUCGUUUGACCGCUGGUGGCUUUGCGGGUGUCGUUUCGGUGAUAUGCACAUACCCAUUGGAUAUGGUUCGCACUCGUCUUUCGGUACUAUCGGCUACAUUGGAUGGCAACGUACGCAACUCUACAUCCGGCACACCCGCCAAGAAAUUACCAGGCAUUCUUCCUUUGAUGGUUCACAUCUACAAAAAGGAAGGUGGCAUCCUUGGUCUUUAUCGUGGAUUGUGGCCCACCACCUUGGGCGUAGCACCUUAUGUAGCCAUCAACUUUCAAUGCUACGAAGGACUCAAAUUUAUCAUUGUCCCCGAAGGCAGUGAUAAACCAUCCCCCGCACGAAAAUUGGUGUGUGGUGCUUUGGCUGGCUGCACGGCACAGACCAUCAUGUAUCCUUUAGAUGUCUUACGACGACGUAUGCAAGUAACAGGCAUGUCCUCGAUUGAUUACAAGUAUAACGGUACAUGGGAUGCUGUAAAGACAAUGGUCAGAAACGAAGGCAUACGUGGUUUAUACAAGGGCAUGAUCCCCAAUUAUCUCAAGGUGGCACCCGCCAUGGGCGUCAGUUUUGUCACGUAUGAAUGGUGCAAGGAUGCAAUGAUCGACGCACGAUAG